GUCUGCGUCUGUCACAUAAAAUUUCCACUGAAUAUAGUUUGUUCCAGAGGAAAUGUCUCAAACCAUGUUUAUGAUCUGCACACAAGGCUAUGGCUGCAGUCACAUUCCAUAUUCACUUUUUAGAGCACCAUAACAUGUGAACCCGGAGAUUAAAUAAGUUAUUCCCACAUGAUGCUAGUUUUUCUCAUUAAGCUGAUUUGCUAACAGACAGGCCCCUACAUCGGAUUUUCCUCUCACACUAUGCACUUGGACAAAGAAACCCUGUCUAGAAGAAUAUAUUCUAUUGAGCCACGAGUCCAUCUGUCAGCUACGGGUAACCUACAAGACUUGCUGAAAGUUGGACUUGGAGCUAAGUAGUAAUCAGUUGGCUAACAACAUGAAGUGAGGCUCUUCCCCCCAGUCUAAUGAACAAAGUAUCAGUUGGAUGAGAGUCCUAUAUGUGAGGACAUUUUUCUCUUGCUUUUUAAAUUGACAUUUCUGUUUGUUACAUUUUAGAACUGAAGGAUGCACGACGUACCCCAUGAAAGUACCAGACAAGAAACUUUAUUUGAUACACCCUUCAAGCCUUUUAUACAAAGAAUAUGUGGCCACUGUACACCUGGCAGUUAUCACUUCAACGUACCAAACGUAUCAUGUUUACAAUCUAUGUACGGAUAAAGAAAGCAGAACCCUUGCAUGCAACAUUUAUUCCCCCCCACGACAAGCUUUUUCUUUUUAUCAAUGAUCAAACAGAGUGCAUCAACAACUUGUUAGUGAACUGCAACUAGGCAACAGGGUUUUUAACUUGGUAAUCCUAACUUCCCGUACAUGAGCAUCAGCGGAGCCUCUCGCGUUGACUGCUUCGGCAUAAACACCCUGGUUGUUCCUGGCAAGUAUCAUAGCCCUCUGAUCCAUUCUGGCUAAUCUCGGGUAACUCAAAACCUUGCUCUUCUUCAUCAGUGCUUUCGCUAUCAGAGUCCGAACUGUCCAACCAGACGUUUGCCACUGGACGAGAGUCCGUUCUUCUCUGUACCUCUCCCGCCGUACUACGCUCGUGUGAGGAAAGCUCUGGUGCUCCCGUCUUUGAGCCAUGUUGAAGCCUUACGUGGUCUGCAUGAACAACACGAACUUGCCCUUGUACACGUACCAAGUAUGUUAGAGGGCUAAUGACACAAAUGAUCCUCCCUUCGGACCGAAUGGGAGACUGUGUGGUGCCAGCAGGGGAAGUGUCCGACCUGCUUCCUUUUAAACCCCACCCACUGAGACUCUCCGAGGUGGAUCAAGAAGAGGUCAAUCAUUGUCAUGUCACACAAGAAGGUGCAGUUCUGCUGAUGAGCUGUGGCCCACGACACCACUCGUACACAGUGAGGACGGGAUGUCUCAACACGACAUGGCGGUUUGGCCGCAAAUCUCCCAGCGACCCUGUCGCGGGGCCCUGGGUUUACAUGAAACAUGGUGGCCGCUACUACACGGUAGUUGCCGUUGAUGGCAACGAUGCAGCUCCCCACCUUCUGUGCGUGUGCCACAUGGAAAGUGGGAAGACCCUUAAGGCUAUUCGGAUUCCUGCCCCUGCAAGCCACAUCUGCCUGGUGGACGAUGGUGAAAAUGAGGACACGCUGCCCGAUUGUCCCGCAGGUUUCAUGCGUGGCUGCAUCGCGGUAUCUACGAAAGAUGGCCAGGUGUUCCUUGUUGAUCUAUGCCUGGGACAGGAGAAGUAUUCCAGCGAAGAAUACCCUGUGCCCCUGAAAUUUUUUCAUGGAGCUCCUUCGUCUGGCUCUGCUCACGGUGCCAUCUUUGUCUUUGGCAGAGGAAGUUUCCUGGAAAAUGAUUCCAAGGCAUCCUUGGAUGAUGUGGACGUGACAUGCUUGGAGUACCUCCCUCAGCUGUGCUGUCUGGCAAUUGGCCUCUCCACUGGUGCCAUUCACCUGUGGAGUUUACUCUCUGGAUCUGCCAUUCUGGAACUCAAGAAGAGCCCCACACCUGUGGUGGCCUUAAUGUUGCAGGAGCCAGAAAAUGACCCUCGGCGAUGGUGCUAUCUCUGGGUCAUCAAUGGUGCUAAGGGAUCUCAAAGAGCCACCUCCUUGACUACGUGUGCCAUGUUUUCGCUCGACUUUGCAAAGAAAGCCCCUUUGGACAGUUAUAAGUUCUUGUAUGAGGGUCUGACAUCGUGUCACCAAGUGUUUGAAUGCACGUUAGGCCCAAACAUGACGGGUCCACCAGAAUCCCCGAGUGCAACAUCUCGGCUCAUAUCCUGCCGUAUCAUGUUGCAGGCGGAGACCUUUGGCACCGGCCGGUGCAACAUGAGUGACUUUGUUCAUACGACUGAUUGGCACCAUGACUUGAAUCUCAUGUUGCUCUCCUGGGAACUGCUGCAGGGUUCCCAAUCGUUGGGAACCUACUUGACCAUCUUUGACAUGAACCAGUGGUACCAAGCACAGAUGCCUCCUGCAUAUCGGUGCCGAAAUGGCCAUCUGUCUUCGUACUUGGGAACUUUUUCACUCAAAGAGGCUGUACAUGGUUCAUCUAAAGUACUGGAUGUGCACGUGGUUUCGAGAUCAGUGACAAAGUUUCACUCGACCAGUGGAACUGCCGACCAGCACCACUUUCCAUCUACCUUGGCAUGCAAAUGUGUGUGUGUGACUGAAAGAGGAAUCGUCCAUGUUACUUUCCUGGGCCUCCAGAGACAGCUGUUUCAGAAUCUGAAUCUGUGGGGACCAAACUGCCUUCUAAGUCCAAAAGAAUUGUACCUCAGGUGCUGCCAUCUGGGACUCUUGAGCCCAGAUUUUCCGAGGGCAUUGCUGGAUCAGUCUUCAAUGCAAAAGGCACUCCUUGGGAUGGCACUGGAUAAUCGUCUGAAGGGCUUCCUCCUCUCCUGUGUCAAGCAAUGGGCAUAUUCGCAAGAUGAAGAUAAUCCAGGGUUGUCCUUCUUCAUGAACUGGUGCUGGGACAGGGUCAAAGAGGACAAGGCCGCUGUUGACCACAUCUGUGGGCCUCUGUUCGAUUGCCUUGGUCAGGAGCUGAGCCAGGACAACCUGCAGCGGUUAGCUUUCAUCAACAAGGACCUCAAGUCUCUGCGGUGGUUGUUCAAGCACUGUUCGAGCUUAGAAGAGGUCGACAUAGAUAUUCUGAACCUCCGUUGCGAAGUUGUGGAGCGUAUAGAAGAGUAUGUGGCCGUCUUGCUCUUCCUGAUCAGCUGUGGCAUUCUGCCAGACAGGGCUGAGGGCAUCUACCCUGGCACGUUUCUCACUACCUGGUAUCAAGGAGCCAGGAGAACUUCUCCUCUUCUGAUGGACUCUAUCAUGGAAACAGUACUAGGAGGGGCUACACCACCUUGGGGAUGUCCCUACCCAGCAUCCACAGUGCAAGAAGCUUUGACUGGUUUCUUCCUCAUGCACGAUUUGCCCGACUGGGGACCCCGAGUGCUCAUGUUGUACUUGAUACUAGACCUAGCUUCAGCUUUGAUGGAAUCUCACCCGCACGUUGUUGAAGCAUUGAAAGCAUUCCCCAUGGUGUUCAAAAUGAGCAACAGCCUGCAGUGGUUUGUCCAGGGUUGCUGGCACCUAGACCAUUCUCUGUAUGAGAAAGGAUUGGAUCAGUUGCUGCAAGCCUGGGAGAGUCCCCUGGGCUUUUCGUCACUCUUUGAGGCCCUGAAGCGACCCAUUCUGCGCCAGUUGAGCACACGUCCAAAGCUGGCUCUCCAGUUUCUAUCUCGGGUUCCGUUCCCAGCUCCCCACACUGACCCUGAGCUUCUGUCCCUCCAUCUGGAUGUCCUGCUUGCUGACAGACGAGUGAGCGAAGCCCUGAGCAUGGUCCGCCGCAGUGGACAGCCUUCCGACAUGAAAGAUUUUUUCCAGAGGGUCAUCUCCAUUUCAAAGCCAGAGUUUGGAACAGGUACAUUGUUGCGAAUACUCCUUGAGUACCCUCUGAGUCCAGAGGAGGAGUCUAUGCUGGAGUGCAUGCUGCAGCGCUCGGGUGAUUCGAGAGAAUUGGCUGUUCUGGCCCUGCACCGACUGCGAGCCGGCCGGACUUACGACGCUACCCGUGUUGCUGUGGCGCUCCGCAACUCACUCAAGCGUACCACUACCCAGCAGGUGUCAGGAGGGAUGUAUGCAGCCGUCCUGGCAUUGGUGCAGAACUUUGCGGAUCUCGUCCCCUCCGUCUCUCGCUCGUCGAGCACCUUCCGUAGAGUGGCCAUGCAAGAAGUGCACCUGUCAAGCCCGAUGCAAGUUCUGCCGAAGGAGGUUUCCAGUGGGGUAGAGGGACUGCGCUUUGCUGUUGGAUCUUCAACAGCUGCUCUUCAGACAAGACAAGACAACAGGAGACAGAAGGUACUGUUCCCAAGGCCGACGGCAACUAGCACACCAUUAUCACGUGACAGUCAGCUGCCCUGCAAGACACCCAAGGUGACUGAGGAAAUACAGAGAAGGAAGAGCCAUGUGACUUCAACAAUAUUAGAAGAUGCACUGUCCGUACUCCACACUCCCCCAACGAAACGCUCCAUCCACGAAGUUUGUAGUUUGACACCCCACCCUGCUCCUCCCUCCAUUCUCAAGUCACGACUCCUCUGUGCAACCCAGGGAGGCAGCAUGACGAUUGGUACCAGUCCUCCGCCCACGCCCCCACUUCCAGAAAUAUCAUGCUCUACGCCCGAUACAACAAGUAGGAAGCUACGAUUUGCUGUCACUGACUCUUCGCCUUCUGAAAUCAAUAUUCCAGUGGCCGACUUGAACAUGAGCAGUCAAAGGGACAUGCCGGAGGGAAGCUACACUGGCACACCUUGCUCAGACCUUGAAGCAAUGGUGGAGGACCAGAGCAGGCUGUCUUUUGUGACAGCUGAUGAUAACAGUGACAAUGCCAACUCUGCAAUGGAGCUGCAUGGGGACGAUGCUCCGGCAUCCUGGAUGGAGGAGUCAGCUGCCCAACAUUCCUCGAGAGCGUCCUCUAGUCCAAGUAUUUCGUUGCCGGUAGGAGGCCUCAGUGAUGUCACAGAGCUGCCAGAAGAUGUGGAAAGCUCCCCGGAACUAAUCGUCGAGAAGGUUGCACACGCAGAAAGUGCCCCAGAAGCCGAGCCUGCAAGGGUCAUCUCAAGUGAGAAGAGUACGAUGGAAAUAGAUUUUGAUUCUGGAAAGGAUGAGCAUUUCCCGGUCAUUACUCCACGGAAAGGAGCAGAAGCUGCCGCAGAUCAACAUGAUGACGACCAUGGGACGGCAUUGGCACCAUGCGAUACUGGAACACUGUUGGUUCAAGAUUCCGAGGUUCCCAUGUAUAUUCCAGGCAUGCCUACCAGCCAAGAUGUCUUUGACGUCCUUCACAGUGUGACGCCGCAGUAUGACAAAGCUGCUUUUAGUUGCAGUUUGAGUGAGGACUACUUGCUAAUGGCUAAUGUAGAUCCUCGCGGCUUGUCACCACCCACCACCCCUAAAAGGGACGAUGACGAUGACUCUGAAGGAACGCCUUUGAAGGAUUCCAGUGAGAAACGGCUGUCACCUGAAGCUAACAGGGAUGUGAAGAAAAGAUUGUUUGAAGGAGACUGCGGUUUAGCUGUGGCUCAGCAGUUUCCUUUGGGGCAGACAGAAAGAGGGAUGGAAGAACAGGAGCAACAGUCACAUGAGAAUGAAAGUGAAGAGUUGGACAACGAGUCUCUAGUGAGGCAGGAGGAGUGCAAAGUGUCUGGCAACCAAAUAAGCAGUGAACAAAAUUUGGGAGACACUAGUGCUGAUAAUGGAGACAAUCAACUAACUGCCACUGAUAGUGAUAUUACGUACUUAGACGACAGGAAAAGAAUUGGGCUCAGAUGCAGGAGCGAAGAACCGACCGUCCACAGGACGAUCGUCACCCGAAGGAGGCGUUACAGUGAAGCGUCAGACGACAGAGAUCAGAGCCAGGGAUCCGCAGAAAUGGGCUCCAGGUCAGAGACGUCAUUGCUCAGCAGUGAGCUGGGAGAAGAUGACAGGGUGAUAACUAGGCGCAGAAGUAUGAGGUUACUAGACAUCUCUGCUAGACGGGCACAGAGUCCAAAACUGAGCGAGAAAAAGACGUCACAGUUGUCAGCCAUUGACGGUUCCGAUCACUCCAAGAAAGGUGGUGUUGAGUUGGAAGCACACAAGGCGAAAAAAACCUCUCAGUCACCAUCCAGAAAGUCACACUCACAGCCACAGUUGCAUCUCGAUACGAGCAUAAGUGACGAGUCGAGCGUGCAUCAAAGAACGACACCUCAGAGAAGUGAGGAGCCAUCUAAUGUCACUGUUAGGAGUGCUAGAAGGAGGCGCAGUACAAGUACUUCCUUGGCAGACAGUGCAGAAUUUGAUGAGGAUAGGUCAAAACCCAUCUCAACACCACAGUCGUUGAGGAAGAAAAGACAACCGGUGGUUCUCGAUACUGAAAAGGCUUCUCCCAGUACUUCCAACAGGGAGCAGCACUUUGUGCAAGAAGAUGAGGGUAAUGUUCUUAAAUCCACAACACCCAGUAAGAAAAACAAAAAAAUGUCUGGGCACCAUCCUGCAGAACAGCAGCCGGAAGAACAGAAAGACGAAAGAAAAGAAAGUCAACUCACUGUGCACAGGUCGAGAACAGUGGCUGACCUGAGCAAAGACGAUGGAAUUUCAAGCAAGCAGGAGACUGCAUCGACGACUCCCCUUAGCCCCAUACGAAAGAGGAGGAGGAGUACACCGCGCAAGAGGGAUUCUCCUGUGCCGGAGAGUAGCCCACAACGUGGAGCUUCAAGUAAAGGCCAGUUGAGAACGCUGGAGGCAAUCCCAGAAGACUCAGAGACUGUUGCACAAUCGACGGCACAGACACCGAAACGGACACAGACGGCACAGACACCGAAAAGGUCGGAAAGAUCCUCUACCCGCAGGAGGAGCAUACGCCUUUUAGAAACGAUCCCCGAGGGGACAUUAGGUGCAUCUGAUGACAACGAGACCUUACCUUGGCAAGGCUCUCCGGAGGGAAGAACGUUCCCCUCCGGAACAGGUAACACGGAACAGUGUGGCACGGAGCAACAAGAAACGAAAAACCAAGAAGAUACAAAGGAUUCAAGACGGACAUCUAAGAAACGGGGACCUACGGGGAAACGUUCCCCUGAAAUGCAACCUGGGAAUGAGUCUCCUGGAAGAACCCCUCCAAAAGAGCACACUCCAACCAGAUCGUCUCCAAGGGGGCAGAAAAGGACGCCUGAGGAAACCACAUUGUCCUUGGACACUGCGGAAUCCAGCAACAAAUUGUCAGCAAGUAAAAGAAAGGGACGCAAAUCAGUUAAAGAAGCCGGGACCAAAAAGAUGCAGGCUAACGAAUCUGGAGAAGACACCUUCAAGCUGUCUGCUCCAGCAUAUCUAAGUGACAAAAAUGCUGUGGUACCACCUGAGGCGGAAUCAAAGAUAUUCAUCUUUUCGCCUCCUUUGACGAGAUACCGAAGCAGUCUCCUCCCAGAAGUCUUCAAGAAACCUCAAUCAAAGGCAGAGGAAGCCAAGAGUGAUGGAAUCAAACUUGUUGCACCACUGCUGUCUCCACCACCACCCAGACAGGCGCCAAAACGAAGAAAAAGCAGUGCCACCAUUGCGUCCACAAAGCUGGUGAACACGAUCAAGCGGCGUUCCUUACGUUUGCCGACAACACCACGUAGGUUAACACAAACUUCUUCUGCGAGUCCCGGAAGUCCGUGGACGGUGAUUAAACCCAAGGAUUCAUAAGCCUCAUGCCGCAUGGCGCAGCAUUUAUUCUAUGUCCAUAGCAGUUGUUGUACCUAUUGGAGCACUUUGCACCAUACCUCAAGUACCUCAGCUGUGGCAACGAGGUAUUAAAAUGCCAAGUAAAAUGUGUGAAUGCUGUAUAGCCUUCUAGAUGAUGUAUUUUGCACAUUUUUUAAGAAUAAAGUUUAAUUAAAUUGA